AUGCCACCCAAAGCUUCCAAGAAGUCCUCAAGCGCUCCUGCGAACCUGCCACGAACGACGAAUACGCACGAUAUCCGAAGAGUCUUAGCCGAGCGGGAGAACGAGGAUGGAAAGCGCGAAUACCUCAUCGACUGGGCCCCAACUUGGGAGCCCAUGGUGAGUCCCAAGGGCAUUGCUGCGACGGUUCUGAAAGAGUGGAGGGACACUAAGAAGGCGAAACGUACAUUCGGGUUCAAAAACAACACGGUCAUCAAGUGUGCGAACGCUAGCGCAGACGACUCCGCCGAACAUAUCCUCCGCAUGAGAAAGACGGUCUUCGAUAACUUCAGAGAGACGAUACUCCUGGAACCGGACGGCGUCGCACCAUCCGAGUUCUUCAAGGAUGAGGAAUGGGUCUUUAGGUCGAAGGAACACAGGCAGCGAGCGGAGCAGAUCGCGAAAAAUCUCAAGGAAAAUACACCAGACGCUGCAGAGGUCAUAAGACACACCUAUCGUGUCAUGCGGGGGAAAGCAGGGUCAAGCCGCUACAUUGUCAAGGCCGAGGACACAGACCUACCUUAUAGAGCAAUCCGGGUCAAAUACAUCGGCAGAAUCGACGCAGAGAUCGCUACCGACCCAGGAAAGCGCCGCUCAUACCCCGUCGUCCACUUCCUCACCCCGCUCUUCGACACCAGUCUCCGUGAGCUGAGAAAUCCUACUUGGACGCUCAAAAACGCACACGCUACCGCCCUUUCGCUAAGCGAAACCGUCGCACAGUUCCCAACGCAUGCGCCGUAUCUCCUCACACACCCUCUGCUACUCAUGUUUACACGCCUCUUCCUUCUGGCCGAUGAGAUCGCAGAGAAAUUGGACACAGUUGGUAUCGAAGUGGGAGAGGACUGGCAUGAGCGUACGCGGGACGAGUUCCUAUGGACAUACUGUGGCGACUGGGAGAAGCGGCCGGUUGACUGCGUUGAGCGCACGUACAUGGCGACUCGUGAUGAGGUUCGCUGGUAUGUGGUGAAUGAGGCUGAUGAGAAUGGGAGUGCUAUAGUGGCAGCGUCGGUCGAUGGGAGUGAUGGCGAAGCCAGCGAUGGGCAGGAUGGCGAGGAUGAACAGGCUGAGGACGACGUGGAUGAAGAGCUGGAGGACUGA